AAAAACAAAACUGAAGCAGAAAACAGCACUCUCAAAUUCUCAAUGAACGAGUGAUAGUUACUGCACUGGGAGAUCUGGCUGCUUCUUAGUUCUACAUUUUGAUCUCUCGCUCUCACUAUGUGGCGCUCCAUCUGGCGAUCGAUCUAUCGUUUCUCUGUUCAGCACUUCAAGUAACAUCACUGAAUUUAUUUGAAGUUUAUAAGAUUUUGACUCUAUUCACUUAAUUUUUAAGCAAUUGAUGAAGUGUCAUGUGCUAUUUAGUAUUUGAAAUCGUUGUGGAGCUAUGGUAGGGGUUGGAUACUGAUUUUAUUAAUAGAUUAUUUUCCAUUUUAGUCAAUAACUAUCUUUUUAGUUUUAUGUUUUUUUUUUUUUUUUAAAUAUUGAAAUGCUUAAAAUUUAUUAUGUGACUUAAAAAAUGUAAGUGUUAUGAAAUAGGUUUUAUGUGAUAGAAUAAAUUUUGGGGAAAUUUAAUUUGCUUGUUACCUGUAAUGUGUUAAGGGAGAAAGUAAAAGUAUAAUGGGGGAUAAAUUUGCAGUGGCUUUACAAUGAUGUUGUGGUGAUUUUUUUUAUUUCUGGAUGAAUGUUUUGCUUUUUUGAUUAAUGUGUGUAGUUGUUAAUUGUUAUUAGCAUCAUUGUCAUUAUUGUUAUUUUCUUUAUCCUCAUUGUAAUUUUCCUAGAUGUAGAUACGUGAUGAAUGAACUGCAACAGAUCAAAGCUGUGGAUGGGUAUAAUCAAGUAACUUAGUUUAGCUUCAUUUUAUGGAAGAAAAUGUUUUACAAAUUAACAUCUUCUUUGUAUUAACUUAUCUUAUUUGUGAUUUCCUCUAGUAAGUAGUCAUUGAUCUACUACAAUCCAUAGUGGUGAUUGUUACAUACGGUGAUAUGAAAGAUCCACUGAUUUUCAAAUGCUUUAUGGAAUAUCAAGUUUUGGCUGAGUUUGUCCUUAUUUUAAAGAUCAGUAGAAAUUCAGGAAUUGAGGGACUCUUGCUUCAAUAUCUGAGUAUAAUGGUACAGAACGUGGGUAGUGAACAUGCAAUAUAGGAUGCAAGUUCCGUUGAUGUUUAUGGGCAGUGAGCAACAAAAUUAACAGAGACACCCUUUGUCUUCUUGUUAAGGUUAAUAGGGGAUCCCCUUGAGGUUUGCCAAAACAUCAUGGACCCACCAUAUGCUUUAGAAAAAAAGGUUAGUGAUGACAUGGUCUAUCCAUUUGUGGCAACUCCUCCAGUGUCAAAAUAUUAUUCAGAUUUGGUUCAUAGCUUAAAAGAUAAAUUCAUUCAUCUUGAUGGCCUUGUAAAAGUUACAGAGGAAACAUACACUGUUCAAAAGAAAGGAGAGAUACUUCUAUAAACUGAUAAAAUCAUAGAUGAUAUGUACUACUUUAAGGAUAUUCUUUCUGUUGGCAAGUCUAGGUUGAGUAAAGCUGUCUCCAAGGAUCUUCUCAGCUUACUUGUUCUUCCUAUAUUCUCCCCUUACUGCAGUUAAGGCAAAGUAAUGGAUUUCAUGUAUCUGCAGUUACUUCUCUGUAUGUAGUUUCUCAGCUUCUUCAAGUUGUUGGUGGAAAGAACAUCAUUAACUCUGUGGCUGGUGUCAUUUUGUAUCCUUAUAUAACCAUAGGCAUCAAAGAUGCUGUUGAAGGAGAAACAACUGAUGGUAGCAAUGCAUAUUCUUUUUACAACCUUUUGCAUGAGUUGGAAAUUGAGAAAAUUUAUUCUCUCAAGUCUGAAGGAGAAGAAGAAAUGAAUGGGAAUCAUAUAUCUGCUUAUGUGGAAGCUAAUGCAUCGUCUAAUUAUGAUUUGCAAAGCUUCCCCAUGGACAGUGAUACAUGUGUAGAAAGGAGAGGACUUUUGGCAUAUGUUAACUCAGAAAAUCACAUCCCUAUUUUUAUUACAUAAUUUAGCAGAAAGUAAAGAUCUUGAUAGUUUGAUGGCUUCAACAAUUGGAUUAAGCGAAAUGCCAGAUACAAUGACUUCAUAUCAGCGGUCAUGUGAACGUUUUUUGAAAGAACUUGACAGAUGCUGGUUUGAUCAAAUCCUGCAAACUUUGAGGGAUGAAUGGGCAAACUGUAAGACAGAUACAAGGUAGAGAGAAUCUUCUCUCUGGAGGGGAAGCAAAAAGAUAGGACUCCAUGGUGGUGAUCUUAAGUUCAAGAGAAUAAAAUGAUGAAUUGAUGGGAGGGAAACAAUUAUUUACUAGAUAUGCCAUGCCAGACACUUCAUGGAAUUCAUCAAAAUCUAUUUGAAUGAUGUGUACAGCUCUUGAGGAAUCUUUGCAAUCUAGAAGUCCCUUAUUUUUGCUUGAGUUUACUGUCUGCCAACAAACAAAAUAUGGACGAGCAACUUCUUCCAAAUUUUCUAGGCAAACGAUGGUUGAUGCAAUGAAGGUUUUCACUCUCGAUGUUCAACUGAAGACAUUUAUGUCAAAAGUUCCAGACUUGACGAGUGGUCCUGCCACAGAUUCUGAAAAAUCCCAAUCUUCAGAUCCAUCAUCUGCGAGCUUUGGGUUCAGAUGUUUUUCUAGGUCUGGAUUCCCAUGCAGAAUUGGUUUUUCUAGUGCUGGGAUCAGGGAUAUCUACCUGAUCCCUGUGACUAGAGGAAUAUCUGGCAAGCUGAUUCUUGCAGAGAAACAUCCUUUCCAAAGUCAAAGAGGCAUUGUAAUUGCGAUUGCUCCACUGGCAGGCUUGAGUCCAAAGAUAGAUGAGGACCAUCUGACAUGGUUGCAUCUUCGGAUAAAAGAAUUUGACCCAAGAUCUAAUGCAAGUAAUACUAGAGUCCUCAAUGCGAAGAAGUCCUAUACAGCAGUAGAUGGGAGAUGGACACUGGGUUUUACUAGUGCCAAAGCAUGUGAAGCUGCUCGCAUGUUUAUACUUGAAGAAACUCGUAAACAAAGAUCCCUUGUUGAGAGCCUACUUGCUCCAUUCCUACAAAAUAACUAUCUUGAAAAUUUGUUUGAUACUCAAGUUGGAUAAUGCUCUUGGCCUCCCACAGCAGGAAUUGUAGGUUAGUUUACUGACUCAAAUACCUCUGCUCUUUUCUAUGUUUAUUCCAGUUUUUCAUUUUGUCACCAAAUAAUUGUGUACAAUAAAAUAUAUAGGAAGAGUUUGUAAAAUAGUAAAUAUCUGUUAUUCAUCAUCUGGUGCAAUAGUGAAACUGCCCAUGACAAAGUUGUUUUCUUUGCUAAAAAAAUAAUAUUAUUCACAUUGAAAUAUAGAAA